GUCAGAGGCAAAGAUAAUGUGGGUAUAUAUAUUUCGCCAAUAAAAAACAUAUACUCAAUUUUGUGGCUAAUAAUCCUUCUGUCCUAUCCCUUAUAUUAAAGAGCAGAAAGAAAAUCCUUUCUCAUAAUUUGUCGAAUCACGUUGAUAUUUCUCCAAGUGUCUACGCAAUAAUUUUGCUUUUCUCUGGCUUUGAGGGCUAACUUUUUAUUUCCAAUGGCUGCACAUUUUGCAAGAAGGUUAGAAGGUAAAGUUGCAAUCAUAACUGGUGCUGCUAGUGGCAUUGGUGAAGCUGCUGCAAGACUUUUCUCGAGACAUGGAGCUAAAUUGGUGAUUGCAGACAUUCAAGAUGACUUAGCUCAAAAAGUUUGUGAUAAUUUGGAUGCAUCAUCAACCACCUUUGUUCACUGUGACGUUACAAAAGAAGAAGACCUAGAAAAUGUGGUGAACGUUGCAGUAUCCAAGUAUGGAAAGCUCGACAUCAUGUACAACAAUGCUGGUAUUACUGGAGAAAUAAAAUUCAACAUUCUUGAUAAUGAAAAAUCUGAAUUUGAGAAAGUCAUUGGCAUUAACCUCGUAGGUACAUUUCUGGGGAUUAAACAAGCAGCCAAAGUCAUGAUCCCCCGGGGACAAGGUAGCAUAAUUUCGACUACUAGUGUUGCUGCAUCAGUAGGUGGUGUUUGUCCUCAUGCCUACACGAGUUCAAAACAUGGCGUGUUAGGACUCACUCGGAAUACUGCAAUUGAUUUAGGACGUUAUGGCAUUCGUGUGAAUUGUGUGUCGCCAUACGCUGUUCUUACGGAAGCGGCUUUAGUAACCUUAAAAGAGAUGGGUAAAAAAGGUUCAAAUAUUUAUUCUACCUUAAAUGGUGCUACACUUACUCCCAAUGAUGUUGCUGAAACUGCUGUUUUCCUAGCAAGUGAUGAGUCCAAGUAUGUGAAUGGCCAAGAUUUUAUUGUUGAUGGAGGAUUCACUGUUGAGAAUAUAGGUUUAUCAAUGUUCAAGUAAUUAAUUUUACCUAACUAAUGUAAGAGAAAAUAACAAAAUGAUCUAUAUCGGAUAUUUUUGUUACUUUCUGAUGUGGUUUGGUUCACCUCAAUAAAAGUCAUGUUUACUUC